UCAUGUGAUUUGAUACCAAUCUCGAGCCUGAAUCUCUUGCUUCUGGCGCAUACUGCAUCCGAACAAUUUACAGCACAUCUGUAAUAGGUGAGAGCGCAUCCGGAAUAGGGAGGCUACUAUCUAAUGUUGUUAUUGCGCAUGCUAACGCCAUUAUUAGUUUUUUUUGAUGAUUGCUAUGGGCUAAGGAAACGUCGAGGAGCUCACGAGGACGUGGCACAUUUUCGAUAUCUAAUUGCAACGAAGGCCCAAUCUACGAUCACCUGGACAUAAUUGGGAGUGAAAGACGAAAAGGGACAGCAAUAUUAGUAGGACAGAGGGGAGAGGAAGCGAAAAGAAACCUAAUACCGCCACAAUGCCUCCAACACCACAAGAACUCUCCCUCCUCAUAAACCCUCUCGUUCCGGACUCAGUCAUACAUAAUAACCGCACUCUCUCAACCCUCCACUCCCUAACCGCUUUCCUCCUCGGCAUCUGCGCCGGAAUCCUCGGCCUGCAAUCAUCGUAUGGCUUCCUCUUCUACCUCAUCGGCACAAUACUCGUCUCCUUCCUGUUCCAUGCGGUUUUAAUCGGGUUCGGAAACAGCGGGAUGGGAGUUGGCGCAUACUUCCCCGGCACAGGAGAGAUUACUACGGAGGAAGUAGAUGGAUCUUCGGGGGGGGAUAAAAGGAGUCUGCAGUCGAGAAAGGGUGCUUGGAGGGAUCUUUGGUUUGGCGGUGGGGUUAUGGGAGAGGCGCUUAGUGGCUUUGUGCUUGGGUGGGCUGGGGUUGGGGGUGUGUUGAGGUAGUUUACAUCCGGAUUCCUCUGUCUCUGUAUUAUGUAUCGCGUUGAAAGGAAUAUAUGUAUGACUUUUUUGAGCUCGUAUAGCCGUAUAUAUCGCGGUCAGCUCUCGUGAGCUGUCUGAAAUUUUCAAGUCCUCGGGCAGCAUCUGUUCAAUUCAUAUUUUGAUGCAAUAGUGACAGCAUCUGGGAUUGAGCUCUUCUUGUAAUCAUAUGGGAGUGAUAUUUUCCCUGCUCCACUACAGUACCUCGCUACCGUUUUCAAAAAAUUUCUGCACGCCUAGGCCGAUUUGGCUUGCGUAGAGGUUUCAGAAGAAAUGGCCGAAGCACUAGAUCCACAUAGAAUAACUUGAGCAAGGGGCAUAUUCACUACUGUGGACGUAAAACAUAUAUCUACUCUAUAAUGCAUCAAAAUAUCGAGAAGAAAUGCGGAAAACAUGUACAAGAAGGGAUAUAUGUGUGUGCUAUGAAUACGCCCAUAACAAGAAAAAAGUCGUAAGGCUGAAAAGGGGGACGGAUGAAAAAAAUAAUCGGAAACCAAAUUCCCACUUAACAUACGGGGAUAGGAUAAAACUGGACUGUUUGACAAGAACCUAAGAAGAGGCAAGGCGCUGAUGAGGGUUGGGAGUAAGCAUGUGAUUUUCAACGUCUGAUGGUUCGUCUCUGAG